AUGAAACUUCUUACGACUAUUUCAACGACACUCCUUUUAUUCCUCACGAUUUUUAUUAUCUACUCAAAUACCCAGCUUAGCGAAUGUCCAGAGAACCUCAAAGAAAAUUGCUCUGAUGAACCAGAAUAUCAAAUGUCCUGUACAAAGUACUUUGCAGACACUGAAAUUGGAAAAUGCGCUGAGAACACUUCAGAACCAUUUGCAAUGCAUUGCUUAAAAACCUGCAAAAUGUGCUGUCAUGACAAGAAAUACGAAUGCAAUAACAGAGCAGACGAUGACAUCUGCGAAACACUAGCAACGAUGGGAAAGUGUACUGAAACAGGAUUAAAUGUUAGCAUCGGUAUACGAGCUUGCCCAAGUUCUUGUAAGACUUGUGAAAAACUGAAAUGUUAUGAUAAGGCUAGUAUUAAAAGAUGUUCCUCAUUAAAGAAGUACUGUAAAUCUCCUGAGUAUCCCUAUUUUGAGAAAGUGGUUCAGAAUGAAUGUCAGUCGACGUGUAACUUAUGCAGCAGCUAA